AAUGAACCUUCUCGUUUACCGUCGCCAGGUUCUUUGAAACCAACUUUAUUGAUAGCUUGUUCCGUACAGACAUGGGGGCACGGGUCGCACGUAUGACAAGGAAUUUUAACCUUGAGAACCGAGCGUUUAGAGAAAUUUCAAAGGAGAAACCGCGAGCAGCGCCGCGUCACGAGUCGAAGGGCGCGCCUUUGGUCGAGGUUUCUGACGAGUCGAUCCACCAGAGGAACGACCCUUUGCUCGGUCAUCUCAAAUCCGUGUACGUGGAGUCGAAGGACACCACAACAGCAUCAACGGGAGGAACAGAAGCAACGGCAGCAGAGCCGUCGAAAGAAGAAACCCUCUGUAAAAACCCAGAUCUUCGCUCGCUCAUGGUAAGUUUACCAAAGGGACCUUAUGACCUGGCAGAACCCAGUAACAUCCCCAAAGGCAAACUGACCCUCACUGAGGCCCUGAAGGUCCUUGGCAGCCACCAUCAUCAGCCUCAAACAUGGACACCAGAGAAGAUUGCACAGGAAUAUUCUCUUGACUUGAAAGACACGAAGGCCGUUUUAGAGUUCUUCAUCCCUUUCCGUGUUGAACUCAUACAACCAAAGAACAACGGCGCCAAGCGGAUAAAUGCGUCUUAGCGAUGGGAGAUUAAAAUAUAUAUAACGUAUAUGUCUACUAUUGUAAAGCUGAUGACACGACCCUGGGAUUGGACAUAAUAAACUUGAUGUUUAAUGUUGGA